GGGCUAUGCUGACAGACGACUUUUUCCUCAGUUGUCAGUUUUCUUGUCUGUCAGCAGAGCUGCUGGUAAGUGGAAGAAAACAAGGGAGGGGAUGAGACUGAAAUGAAAGAGAAGGAGAAGGAGGACCAGCACUGGAGGGAAUGAGGGCUGCCUUUCACAGCACGGUGGAGUGAGGACACACAGGGUCCAGCGAAUAGGGAAGCAGAGAAUCAGGAACUGUACAACUGCCAAUACUCCCCAGUCUUUCAUCAGACAGCUCAAUUGUCAGCAAGGGUUCCCCCGCCCCUCCUUGCUAAAGAUCGUUCAGCUGGCAUUACUGAUUGUAUCCUUGGCUUAUUGUAAAAAAAUCUGUGAUGGCUUUCAAUCUGGAGAUCAGCCUCUAAUCCCCUCCAUCAGACUCAGGACCAUGGCAUAUUGCCACAGCUACCCUCAGUGUACACCUGGAGUUCUUGCUGUCUACACACACUUCCUCUAAUUGAAGGGAGAGGUGUAUAUGUGUGUGGGGGAAGUGUUUGUAAAAAUGCUUGCUGCUCCUGGUCACUGUUAAAGGUGGAGUGUGUGCAUGUGUGGGGGGUGGUGUCCUACUCUCUGAGCUUUAACCAAAGUGAUAACCUGCAGCUAUGGAGUCACCAACUAAGGAAAUUGAAGAAUUUGAGAGCAACUCUCUGAAAUAUCUACAGCCGGAACAAAUUGAGAAAAUCUGGCUUCGUCUGCGAGGAUUGAGAAAAUACAAGAAAACAUCACAGAGGUUGCGGUCUUUGGUAAAGCAAUUAGAGAGAGGAGAGGCUUCGGUUGUAGACCUAAAAAAGAAUUUGGAAUAUGCAGCUGCCGUACUUGAAUCAGUGUACAUUGAUGAAACUAGGCGUUUAUUGGACACAGAAGAUGAGCUCAGUGAUAUUCAGUCAGACUCCGUGCCCUCUGAAGUCCGGGAUUGGUUGGCCUCCACCUUCACGCGGCAGAUGGGGAUGAUGCUUAAAAGGUCCGAGGAAAAGCCCCGGUUCAGGAGCAUCGUCCAUGCAGUGCAAGCUGGUAUAUUCGUGGAGAGAAUGUACAGACGGACAUCAAAUAUGGUUGGCCUGAGCUACCCACCAGCUGUAAUUGGAGUGCUAAAGAAUGUAGACAAGUGGUCCUUUGAUGUAUUUGCACUGAAUGAUGCUAGCGGGGAUCAUGCACUGAAAUUCAUUUUCUAUGAACUUCUCACACGCUACGAUCUGAUCAGCCGUUUCAAGAUUCCCAUUUCUGCUCUUGUCUCCUUUGUGGAAGCACUGGAAGUUGGAUACAGCAAACAUAAAAAUCCUUAUCACAAUCUAAUGCACGCAGCAGAUGUUACACAGACUGUACAUUAUCUCCUUUUUAAGACAGGUGUAGCGCACUGGCUGACAGAGCUGGAGAUCUUUGCUAUGAUCUUCGCAGCUGCCGUCCAUGACUAUGAGCAUACUGGAACCACCAACAACUUUCACAUUCAGACACGGUCGGAUUCAGCCAUUCUGUACAAUGACCGAUCUGUGCUCGAAAAUCACCAUGUCAGUGCAGCCUAUCGCCUUUUGCAAGAUGAUGAGGAGAUGAACAUUUUGUCUAACCUCUCAAAGGAUGAUUGGAGGGAAUUCAGGGCCUUGGUGAUAGAGAUGGUGUUGGCCACUGAUAUGUCCUGUCACUUCCAACAAAUCAAAGCCAUGAAGAAUGCUUUGCAGCAGCCAGAAGGAAUCGACAAGCCGAAAGCCUUAUCGCUGUUGUUGCAUACAGCAGACAUCAGUCAUCCAGCCAAGGCCUGGGACCUUCAUCAUCGCUGGACCAUGUCCUUGCUAGAGGAGUUCUUCAGACAGGGUGACAAAGAAGCAGAACUAGGGCUUCCUUUCUCCCCACUGUGUGACCGCAAGUCUACUAUGGUAGCUCAGUCUCAGAUAGGUUUUAUUGAUUUCAUUGUGGAGCCCACUUUUACUGUGCUGACAGACAUGACAGAGAAGAUUGUAACACCACUCAUAGAUGAAGCCUCCCGCUCUGGUAUGACUGGAUUUAGACGUUCCAGUUUGAAUAGCAUUAGCCCCUCAGAAGUUAAAAGAUCAAGUGUCAAGAGCACAGGGUCAGAAGGAAGUGCCUCACUCAACUGUUCCAUACUCACUGUGGACUUCAAAUGUUUUAAAGCCACCUGGACUGAGGUGGUGCAGCAGAACCGGGAGAAAUGGAAAGCAAAAGCAACCAAAGAAGAAAAAGCUAAGAAAGAAGCUGAGGAAAAUGCUCAUCAGGGAACAGAUGAAAAGAAAACAGAAGAAAAAGAAGAGAAAAGUCCAGCCGAGGAUACCACGACAGCCAAGUCAGAAGACAGCAAAGAACCAAAUCCUGGGGAAAGUAAGAGCACAGAAUCUAGCAAGGAUCAUGUAAAUGGGACUCAGCAAAGUGGUGUGAACAAACUCGAAGCCUCUCAAGGGAAAAACCAGUCUAGAGCGGACAAGGGCAGUGAGUCUCUCCAAGCAACAGGAGAGGAGAAACAGCAUGUCCAAAAUGGUGAAUUAAAGGAUGAUAAUAACCAGUCAGACAAAAAAGAUCAGUCUAGUAUGGCAAAUGAAUCAAAGAAAACAGAUGGUUCAAAGCAACAUUCAAACGAGGCACCAGGCUCAGGUUCCACGACAAGCCGCCUUACGUUGCCAGCUAUCAAACCUCAACUGCGCCAUUUCAAGAGACCCAGUUACCACUCAGGAACCCACUUCCCACCCUUUCACAAGAAAUCCGAGGAACAUCCGGUGAGAUACAAGCUGCUCGACCAAAGGGGCAGGAUGAAAAAGAUUCAACAUAUUUCUCAGAACUGGAAUAGGAAAUAGAAGAAGAAAGGAAGUUCACGCUGCUCUUUGCAAGCUGAUGAAGGACAUUGUGUAAUAAUCAUGGAUCAUUUUAAUUCUGCACCAAGCGGGGAGUAAUCCAAGAUGCAAGCAAGUAUAUGAUUUAGCCAAAUAAUUCCAUGGAAGCUUCCAGUAGAACCAUUCUCAAUAGCGUUCCUCAUUGCUGGAAUAUUCUCACAUUUAGGGCUAAAAUAUUGGGCUCUUACUUUAAAUUUUCAAAAGUAAACCUGCAUACAUAGAAUUACUAUCAGAUUAAGAAUGGUAUAGAUUCUGAGAUUUUAAGAGACCAUUAUGACCAUCUAGACUGAUCUUCUUCAUAACACAGGGCAUAUAGAACUUCACCCAGUAAUUGCUGCAUUGAACCCAAUAUCAUGUGUGAGGUCCCGCCUAGCCUAGCUUUAAACUGAUCGUGUUAUGAAUAAGACACCUGACAAUUAUACUACAAUAAGGAUUGAGAAAUAAGUACAAGGAAUGGCAGAUGAACACAUCCCCACUAAUUUCACACAGGAGGGGGAAAAAAAGAAAGCAUAACAUCACAGUAAAAUGCAUGAGGCUUAUUUAGCUUUGUUCAGCUACUAAUAGAUGUUUCUGGCUUUUGGCCCAUUGAUCAAUAUGGAGAAUGGAAUCCAAGCCUAUGAGGCCAUACUCCUCCAAAGCUUUGUAUGUAGGAAGGAACCCCUAGAUUUAGAGAAGCUGGGCAGAACAAAUACCUAAUACAGAAGCAAAGUCACACAUGUACUCAACUUCAGCCUCUCGGUAAAGAGCCCUAAACAGGACCAGAGUUUUCAUUCCCGGAAAUGCUGUCUCUGAAAGGCAUUGUUACAAAUGAUGUUAGGUAGUGAAAACUCAUUGGUUGGAGCUGUGACAUUAUCCCCACUGAUUAUCCCCACUUCAAUAAUACAUGAAGUAGUGAAGUUCCAGGGUCAACAUCACAAGGUGACAUGUCUCUUUGGUCCCACAGGCAUGCAGGUGUGAUAGCAGAGUUACCCAUCCCGCCUCUUGUCCCAUUUGGCUAUAGGCUACAGAUGUGUAAGUCUGCCUGACAUCAGAAUGGCUACAUUUGAUGUGCAUAACAUUGUGGUGCCACAUAGAUAGUAUAAUAAGGGCUAAGUAUUGUGGGGAAAAUUGCUGGGGAAUGUUAUAGGCAGUGCAAUUUUUUAUUAGAAAUUACCUUGCAGUUCUUUGUGCAUUUGCCUAGGUCCUGUAGCAUUUCACAGAUGGCCGCUGACAGUGAGCUCCACAAAAUAAGCAACCUCAGCAUAUUGCUCCUACUUGCAAUUACUUUAUUGUCUUCCUCUUAAGUAGCACAUCAGCUGCAACUGAUGUCAUUGCCUGUCAAUUAACUCCAUCCUAUUGGCUCUGUCUUCUCUCUGUGCAUUUGGUUUCUAUGUUCUGUUUUCCUCAAACACUAUCAGAAUUCUUAUCACUAUAGAGUCUUCAGUUACUGUGCUCCCCAGCCACGUAAAUGCAGUGAAAUGUGGUAUAUACUUUGAAGUCAUCUGUUACUAAAAUGUUGAAAACCUGAUUUAUAUCUGGGAAUUCUCAGCCUGAUGAAGAGCAGAUAUUUUCACUAUAUAUUGCUUGUAAAGUGCCCUGAAAUAUUUUACCUUACUGGGUUGUAUAGAAAUUCAAUAUAUUAUUAUUCCAAAUGAA